GGCAAGAUGGCGGCGCGGACAGGGUUCGGGGCCGUGGGCCGGCGCCUCUGGCAGGGAUUGGGGAAUUUUUCUGUAAACACUUCUAAGGGCAAUACAGCCAAAAAUGGUGGCUUUCUUCUUACCUAUAUGAAGUGGGUACAGUUUUCAAACCUACACGUUGAUGUUCCAAAGGAUUUGACCAAACCUGUGAUAACAAUCUCUGAUGAACUAGACACAUUAUAUAAGCGCCUGUCGGUUUUAGUGAAAGGUCACGAUAAGGCUGUACUGGACAGUUAUGAAUAUUUUGCUGUGCUUGCUGCUAAAGAACUUGGUAUCUCUAUUAAAGUACAAGAACCUCCAAGGAAAACAGAGAGAUUUAUUCUUCUCAAAUCAGUGCGUAUUUACAAGAAGCACAGAGUUCAGUAUGAAAUGAGAACACUUUACAGAUGUUUAGAGUUAGAACAUCUAACUGGAAGCACAGCAGAUGUCUACUUGGAAUAUAUUCAGCGAAACUUACCUGAAGGGGUUGCUAUGGAAGUAACAAAGACACAAUUAGAACAGUUACCAGAACACAUCAAGGAGCCAAUCUGGGAAACACUAUCAGAAGAAAAAGAAGCAAGCAAGCCAUAAAGCCUCAGGGAGGCCAUUUUUGCCUGAAUUUGAAAUGAGGGUGGGCCAGAUGAGUAUGUUUAAGUGGAGAGUGCUUCCAGCUGAGAUGAUUUGAGUCCGCCCUAACUGCUCCAUUGAGUUCUCGUGCCCUCAUCAGCUGAGAGCAGGGAAUGGAACUUUAAUGGAAGAACCACUUUUAUCUAUUCUUUUUAUACAUGUCAUUGUUUCAGUUUUGAUUUCAACAAACAUGAGCAAACCACUUUGACUCAAA